CAAAUUUAUUGUACCCUAUACCUCCCUCUCCAUUGUACACGAGUUUGACAAGCAUCUUUUACCUCCUCAAUACCUUUAAAGAGGAUUUUACAACCAGCCACCGUUCGUACACUCCCGAUUUCGACAUAGUUCCGGAUCAAAUCCAGAUUUCUGACACCGUACCGUACUCUCUCUGCCUCUUGAGCGCAAUCAACUACGCGCUAAGGAAUGCCAAGCAUGACCAAACACAUCUUGAAUGUCGUCACCAACGUCGAGCACUACGACGACCCAUCCCACCCGACCGGCUUGUGGUUGUCCGAGCUCACGCACGCCUGGAAUGUCUUUGAGGAGCAAGGGUUCGAGCAGACCAUCGUCAGCCCGAAGGGCGGCCGGACUCCCUUGGAGCCGCGGUCGCUGAAGUUCCCCAACUACGACAAGACCGCGAAAGCGUGGCGGGCUGAUCCGGCACGGAUGGCACUGCUGGAGAACACUGCCAGUCCCGACCAGAUCAACUCGGCCGAUUUCGACGCCAUCUUCUUCACCGGCGGACAUGCGGUGAUGUACGACUUCCGCGACAGCGAGGGCCUGCAGCGUAUCACCCGGGAGAUCUUUGAACGGGGUGGCAUCGUCUCCUCGGUCUGCCACGGCUACUGCGGCUUGCUCGAUACCAAGCUCUCUGACGGUUCUUACCUGAUCGCUGGACGUCAGAUGACCGGGUUCGCUUGGCGGGAGGAAGUGCUUGCUGGGGUGGCCAAGCUGGUGCCCUACAACGCUGAGGAAGAGGCGAAGAAGCGUGGCGCCCACUACAAGAAGGCCAUGCUGCCGUUUGUCUCCUACACCGUGGUCGACGGCAAGCUGGUGACUGGGCAGAACCCCGGGUCGGCUAAGGAGACCGCGAAGAAGGUCGUCGCCGCCCUCAGUCGGUCAUGAACGCUGUCAAACUUAGUCAAUUGCCAUCCAUAAUUCAUCGCUCUUUAACCGACCUUCAACAUCGAUCUCAGUACCUUCAUAUCUUGGGAUACCUUGAUUUUUGUCUCAAACGGCGUCAAACAUGUACACUGUGGUGCAAUUGUCCCAGUGCUAAGAAUAUUCUGUAAAGUAAUGUCAUAGUUAAUCAAUAUCAAUA